AAACAUUCCUAGAAAACAAAUACAUAACUACUCAUUUUAGCUUUAGAGCACAGCCAUGGCACCUUCAGAAAACUCAGGCAGCAGUGGCAAACACAGUGUAGUCGUGACAGCUCUAGACGGAGUCAUAAAUGUGAACUCACUCUUUACCAUUGCCAUUUUUGUGGGACUAUCUCUUGCAUCUCCAGGGCAAAAGAGCCUCAACAGUAGCGAACGCUGUCAGCCAGGGAUUCUAACAGUUAAACAAUUAGUAAUCUUUGAGGUGCUUUCGUUCAGUUUCUUCCUCUUCUCAUCACUAGUAGCACAGGCCAUAAAACUCUCCCUCAAUCUUCUCUAUAGCGAAGAUCUGUCUCAUGGUUUCAGUGUUAUUGUCAAUGGUACACUCCUUAGAGCAGGAAUGUUGAUGACAGCCAUUUCCUCUGUUAUGGGGUGCUUGUUUCUUAUGGUUUCAAUGUUGAAUGUGAUUGAGAUCAAAACUGGGAUGCUAUUCUGUGGAGCUAAGUCUACAAUUAUAUCAGUUACUUUCCUCAUAAUCUUCGUUUCGUCUGGUCUUUUGGUGUAUAUUUCUGCUGCAUGGUAUGCAUUUAUCCACGCAAACGUCCACCCCCAUGAAAACAGGACUGCUUGAUUUGUCAAGCUCUCUAGUUCUAUCAAAUCCUAUUUUGUUUUCUAAUAACAGCGGUGUUGGAUUAGUUUGUGUGCACUUCAACCAUUCUAUUAAACAUUUGCUACCUCACAGGAGCUUCA